GGUACUUUUUCAGCUUUGAUAGUUGCAAAUCCUUCUGUUCCAGUUCUUUUCCUCCUUCCCCCCACUCCUUCUCCUAGAUGGCAGGUUGACCCAUACAAGUUAAAUAUGUUAAAGUUAAAUACACUAUAUGUAUACAUGUCCAAACAGUUAUUUUGCUAUACAAAAAGAAUCGGACUUUGAAAUAGUGUACAAUUAGCCUGUGAAGGAAAUCAAAUAUGCAGGCAGACAAAAAUAGAGGGAUUGGGAAUUCUAUGUAGUGGUUCAUUCAUCUCCCAAAGUUCUUUUCCUGGAUGGAGCUGGUUUAGUUCAUUACUGCUCUAUUGGAAUUGAUUUGGUUCAUCUCAUUGUUGAAGAUGGCCACGUCCAUCAGAAUUGAUCAUCAUAUAGUAUUGUUGUUGAAGUAUAUAAUGAUCUUCUGGUUCUGCUCAUUUCACUCAGCAUCAGUUCAUGUAAGUCUCUCCAAGCCUUUCUGAAAUCAUCCUGCUGGUCAUUUCUUAUAGAACAAUAACAUUCCAUAAUAUUCAUAUAGCACAAUUUAUUCAGCCAUUCUCCAAUUGAUGGGCAUCUACUCAGUUUCCACUACAAAGUGGCCUAACUACAAAGAGGGCUGACACAAACAUUCUUGCACAUACAGGUCCCUUUCCCUUCUUUAAAAUAUCUUUGGGAUAUAAGCCCAGUAGAAACACUGCUGGGUCAAAGGGUAUGCACAGUUUGAUAGCUUUUUGAGCAUAAUUCCAAAUUGCUCUCCAGAAUGGCUGGAUGUAUUCACAAUUCCACCAACAAUGUAUCAGUGUCCUAGUUUUUCCACAUACCCUCCAACAUUCUGCAUUAUCUUUCCCUGUCAUUUUAGCCAAUCUGAUAGGUGUGUAGGGAUAUCUCAGAGUUGUCUUAAUUUGCAUUUCUCUGAUUAAUAAUGACUUGGAGAAUCUUUUCAUACGGCUAGAAAUAGUUUCAAUUUCUUCAUCUGAGUUGUCUGUUCAUAUCUUUUGACCAUUUAUCAAUUGGAGAAUGGCUUGAUUUUUUAUAAAUUAGAGUCAAUUCUCUAUAUAUUUUGGAAAGGAGGCCUUUAUCAGAACCUUUGACUGAAAAAAUGUUUUCCCAGUUUAUUGCUUCCCUUCUAAUCUUGUCUGCAUUAGUUUUGUUUGUAUAAAAACUUUUCAAUUUGAUGUAAUCAAAUUUUUCUGUUUUGUGAUCUCUAGUUCUUUGGUUAUAAAUUCCUUCCUCUCCCACAGGUCUGAGAGGGAAACUAUCCUAUGUUCCUCUGAUUUAUUUAUAAUCUCAUUCUUUAUGCCUAGGUCAUAAACCCAUUUUGACCUUGUCUUGAUGUACGAUGUUAAGUGUGGGUCAAUGCCUAGUUUCUGCCAUACUAAUUUCCAAUUUCCCAGCAAUUUUUGUCAAACAGUGAGUUCUUAUCCCCAAAGAUGGAACAAUGAUUGCUUCUAACCAGUAUUAAAUACUCCCUGGAAUGUUUCAAUUAAUUGAAGGAGACAAUGGUGAACACAGAAUUGGGCCACAGUAACGAUCUCCAGCUAUUUAUUUAGCUUUUGUAACCCACAUUCAUGUCUGAUUUUACAGAGAUGAUGUCUCCCAAAUGCAUAAAUCUGCAAGAUAAUUCCCUCAAAAAUUUUUUUUCUCAAUACUGAUGGCAGAAUUACGCAAAUGAUGAUUAUUUAUCUUUGGUGUCAUCGUUUUAAGAGACUGAGCUUCACUUAAAUUAAAAAUAAUGGCAAGGUAGCAUGAAUAUAUGUGCAUACACACACAUAUGCAUUGAUCAGUUCACUCAAUAAGCAUUUAUUAAGUGUCCUCUGCUUACUAAGCACUCUACAAGUGUGGAAGAGACAUAAAUACAAAAAAAAAAGGAAAACAAAAAACCCAAUCCAAGUUCUCCUUCCCUAAAGGACUAUAUAUCAUAUGGGGAAAGACAACGAUUUCCUGUUUAAACUACAAGAUAAUUUGAGGAGAGAAUAUUAGUAACUAUGGAGGAUCAAGACAACUUUCCCUUAGGAGAUAACCCCUAAUCUUACCUUUGACUAGGUAAAGAAAAUCUUUCCUGGCUGGUGUUGGGAAACAGGUAGGUGAGUUUGGAUGGAACAGAGAGUGCAUAGAAAGAGUGAAGAACUUUCCUUUUUUUGGAGCAGAAGCUGCCCCAAGUUUCUAUUGAGGGGUGGUAGUGCAGAAUGGAGGAGGAGGGAAAGGGGGGAAAAGAGAGAGAAGGGCAAUUUGCUGUUGACCAAAUUCUAAAUGUUAAAAUAGUCCAUUCAGUGAACUGAACUAAAAAUAUUAAAUCAUCUCAGUGAAGUUACCUGAUGGGGGUGUGGCAGAUAUUUAGCUGGAGACUUUUUUUUUUUUUAAUUACAGGUAGCCUAAUAAAACUAUGACAUGCAUAACUGAUUAUUUUGCUACGUGAAAGGGUUGGUGCAAGACUGUCUGAAUGCCUAUUAUAUUUAAAUAGAUAAAAGAAAAGGGGAAGGGAAUGGAGCAAGAAAACGAGGUGCAAGAAAAUCCAGAAAUUCACCAGUCUAAUAAUAAAGGUCACCCAGCCAUUGGAGAGCUGGUCUUCCCAUGGCUGUUAUUAUCUUUAAGAAACAAAUCUCAGGCUUGCAAAGGGCAAUAAUGGAUAUCUGGUUGAAGGGAAAGUCUCUUAAUCCAGAAUGCAUGGCAUUUCAUCUAGUGAAGAUGACUUGAAGGUGAUCAGGAAUAAAAACUUUUAGUAAAUAUUUUUAGGAGAGGGGGGUAGGGGAGAAAAUUUUGGUCUAAUGGAAUAAAAAAAGAAUUCUACACUUGAAUUUGAGUUCGACUGGUCCCUGACAAUGUAAUUAUUAUUGUUGUUUUUACAUGCGGGAUCUUUGGACUUGCCCCCUAAUACUCUUUUGGCCUCACUUUCUUCAUUGUAAAAAUCCAUGUGCAACAUAUUUCCUCCAUUAGAAUAUAAGUAUCUAGAGGGGAGGGAUCGUUUCCCUUUUACUUGUUGAUUGAUGAAAUAUUUGGAAUUGAUUGCCUUUGAGGUACCUUCAAAAUGAUCUUGUUGGUGAGGCACUAUAGACUUUCAUUUCAAAUAAGAUAAUGUGUAAAAUGUUUUAAAAGGGACUAGAUAAAUAUUAGCUAUUACCAUUUUCUCAUCUGUAAAACGCAUGAGUUGUACUAGGUGGUUUCCUAGAAAGUCAAAUAAAACUAUAUAGGAAAAGUUUUGUAAACCUUGAAGUGCUAUUUAAAUGUUAGCUAUCAGCAUGAUCCAUAAAGAGCUCCAAUUCUAAAUCCUGUCAAUUCAGUGAACUCCAUUUGUAUUUGUAGGGCGGGAAGGGGCAACAUAUUUAAUUCCAAGAAGCCAGCUUUAACUAAUCUAUAAUGUACCCUCUACCACCUCUACUCCAAGGCAGUUUGCAACUGCAUGAUCUUCUUUGGGGCCCCAGGGACUCAAUGGAUAGUGUGCCAGGCGCGAAGUCGGAAAGUCCUGAGUUCCAAUGCAGCCUCUGACCCUAGCUAUGUAGCCCUGGGCAAUUUUCCCUCUGAAUAAUGAAAAAAAAAAUGAUAGUAUCUACUUCCCAGGGUUUUGGAUAGGAUAAAAUGAUAUAAUAUUUGUAAAGCGCUUGGCAAAACCUUAAAGCGCUACAUAAAUGCUAGCUAUCAUUAUCAUUAUUAUUUAAUCUUCUUGGAGCCUAUAAGAAUGUAUCAGAAUGUAUCUCCAGCCGGGUCUCUUAGUGCCAGAGCCGUGUCCCCUGCAUGCACAUAUCCCGCUCGAGCGGAGACCUUUGCUUUCUACAUUCAGAUAGCCGCGCUCUAGCUGGGCCCAAGCCUAGCCCCGCCGCUUACGCCGGCCGAAAGCUUCGCCUCUCCUCCCGGCUCAGGCCCCGCCCCCUACGGCGCAGGGCCGGGGCAGCUCCGGCUCCUCCACCCCCACCCCCUUCUCUUUUCUGUCCCAGGGCGCAGACGCGCGGCGGGCCGGGCCGGAAGUCGCCGUGUCCCGGUGUGUGUGAGUGUGAGAGGGGAUCGCGGAGAGGUCCCAGCUGGUGUGGUCAAAGUGGUCGCCGCAGCUUUCGCCGCUGCCUCAGCCGGGGAGGAAGGGAGCGGGGAGCGGGCCCGCCGCCCGGGGAGAAGAUGCUGCCCCUCUCCAUCAAAGACGAUGAAUACAAACCCCCCAAGUUCAACCUGGUCCGCAAGAUCUCGGGCUGGUUCAGGUCCAUCCUCUCGGACAAGACCUCCCGGAACCUGUUUCUGUUCCUGUGCCUGAACCUCUCCUUCGCCUUCGUGGAGCUGCUCUACGGCAUCUGGAGCAACUGUUUAGGCUUGAUUUCCGAUUCUUUUCACAUGUUCUUCGAUAGCACUGCUAUAUUGGCUGGACUGGCAGCUUCUGUAAUUUCAAAAUGGAGAGAUAAUGAUGCUUUUUCCUAUGGGUAUGUUAGAGCGGAAGUUCUGGCUGGUUUUGUAAAUGGCCUAUUUUUGAUCUUCACUGCCUUUUUUAUUUUCUCUGAAGGUGUUGAGAGAGCAUUAGCACCUCCAGAUGUUCACCACGAGAGACUACUACUUGUUUCUGUGCUUGGGUUUGUUGUAAACCUAAUAGGAAUAUUUGCUUUCCAACAUGGAGGUCAUGGACAUUCACAUGGCUCUGGGCAUGGACAUAGUCAUUCUCUCUUUAAUGGUGCACUUGAUCAUGGACAUGGACAUGGCGAUCAUGGCCAUGGUCAUGGAGACCAUGGUCAUAGUCAUGAAUUAAAACAUGAUACACAUAGUCAUGAUCAUGGACACGGACACUUUGAUUGUCAUGAUGGUUCCUCAAUUAAAGGAACAACAGGACCCAGCAGACAGAUCUUACAAGGUGUAUUUUUACACAUUCUAGCAGACACAUUAGGAAGUGUUGGUGUAAUUGCAUCUGCCAUCAUGAUGCAAAACUUUGGUCUGAUGAUAGCAGAUCCCAUUUGUUCAAUCCUUAUUGCCAUACUUAUAGUUGUAAGUGUUAUUCCUCUGUUAAGAGAAUCUGUUGGAAUAUUGAUGCAGCGAACACCUCCAUCACUGGAAACUGCUCUGCCUCAAUGCUAUCAGAGGGUUCUGCAGUUACAAGGAGUUUACCAUUUACAAGAACAGCAUUUUUGGACUCUUUGUACUGAUGUUUAUGUUGGGACCUUGAAAUUAGUAGUAGCACCUGAUGCUGAUUCAAGGUGGAUUUUAAGCCAAACUCACAACAUUUUUACUCAGGCUGGAGUAAGACAACUUUAUGUACAGAUUGACUUUGCUGCCAUGUAGUGAAUCAUCAGAAAUUGUGCUCUUUGGACCAAAGUUUUCUGGUACUGUACAAUCUAAAGCAUUGUGUCCUCAUCUUUUAUAAAAUGGAGCCAUCACCACUACAACUUCCAAGGUGAAGAAGACCAAGUAGAUGCAUCUUUUAUGAUCUAGUAGAGGAGUUCUCUUCUAAGGAGCCAAAAUUAAAAAGAUCUAUCCUGGACUUUUGGUCUUGUUUUUUGUGCCCUCUUUUUCCAAACCAAUUUUUUUUUUAAGGGUUUCUUUUUAUUUCUUUUCUACUAUCAUAUCUUUAUUUCAGUAGAAAUUCAGAUUGUGGGCCUGUGAUCAUUGGUAAUGUUUUCUCUGAAGCUACUGAAACCACAGCUCAUUCCCCACAAACCAGUGUUAUUAGAAAAGAAAAAAAAAGUUUAAAAAAGGAAAUCUGUUUUGUAUGUAAUGUCAUAUUGUUGACAUUCUUCAAUAUAAUCAUACGUUUGUAAAAUUGUUUGUACUUUGCAAACUUAAUGAACCAAACCAUAUUGGGUUUUCAAAGUGCCUUUGCUUCAGAAAAUAUAUUUGCCAGCACAGAAAUGUAACGUCAGGGGGUUUUAUUUUUUUUAUGAGCAUACUGUAACUUGUACAAAAUAAGACUUGCUACUGAUGUAUACUGAAUUUAUUUUUGUGUACUUCAAGCAUAGUUUUAAAUGUAUAAAAAUUCCCUUUUAUUGUUUUAUCUUGUCAAAAUAAAAAGGUAUUACUUUUUUUAAAAAAAAAAUUCAUUAUCACAUAAAUUACUCUUUUGGGUUGUUUUCAAAGAUUUACAAAUACAUCCGUUGUGCAAAAUGGCUGUUAUGGUUUGAUUAAACGUGUUAAUCUAUAAA